UUUGAUUUACUCACACCACCAUUUUUCCAUUUAUAAAUAAAAAAACUUUCUCUUUCUCUCUCUCUCGAUUUUGAAUUCAGUUUCAGGAAAGUAGAUUCAAGAGAUCAUGGCUGCUUUCUCCCUCUUCCUCUUCCUCCCUCUUCUUCUUCUAAGCGUUCCAAUCCAUUUUGCGCAGGCCCAGAAAUCUCCGCCGCUGGCGGCGGAGCCUCCAUCUCCGGCCGACGAUUGUAACGGCAUCUUCUUGCAGUACGUGUACAGUUCCGGGUCCAUUCUUAAGCCCACUGUGAAGACCCGCCAGCCCUACCGAUUUGAGUCCGCUCUUAGUAUCGUCAACAACGGCGUCGACGAGCUCAAGUUGUGGCGGGUCUUCGUCGGAUUCCAGCACGAUGAGUUCCUCGUCUCCGCCUCCAACUCCGUGCUCGACGACGGGACGUCGCUCCCGGCGGCGGUGGGCAAUGGGACUGUUUUUGCCGGGUUCCCCAACUCGGAUCUGAAGACUGCGAUCGAGACCGCCGGCGAUUCGACCCAGACGAGUGCUCGGGUUGAGUUGGUCGGAACCCAGUUCGGCGUCGGCCGAGGAAACGCUCCCAUGCCGUCCAACAUCUCGCUCGUCAAUGACGGCUUCAUUUGUCCUAAACCCUCAAUGCAAGGAAACAGUACAAUGAUGGUGUGCUGUACAAAAGACCCGAAAUUCAAGGCUAAUCUGACCAAAGAUGAGGAAUUCCUUCCUCGUAGAGAUGGUGAUCUAACAAUUAUGUAUGAUAUCACGAGAUCAUAUGAUUCGAAUUACUGGGCGCAGGUCACCAUUGCGAACCAUAACCCGCUCGGGCGUCUUGACAACUGGCAACUUAGCUGGGAUUGGAUGAGGGAUGAGUUCAUAUUUAACAUGCAAGGGGCUUAUCCCUCUGUAGUUGAUUCGUCGGACUGCCUGUUUGGCAGGCAGGGCGAGUUUUACAAGGACCUCGACUUCUCCAAUGUGUUGAACUGCGAGAGGAGGCCGACUAUUAUCGACCUACCACUUGAGAAGGCGAAUGACACAACUCUAGGGAAGAUCCCUUUUUGUUGUAGGAAUGGCACGAUUUUGCCUCCCGCAAUGGAUCCCAGCAAGUCGGUUUCUGCGUUCCUGAUGAAUGUGUUUAAGAUGCCGCCUGAUCUCAACCGCUCCUCGUUCACCCCGCCCCAGAAUUGGAAGAUCAGCGGGCGCCUAAAUCCAGAUUAUAAGUGUGGAGCCCCGGUUCGUGUGAGUCCCAGUGAAUUCCCGGACCCUAGUGGGCUGCUGCCGAGUAAAGCCGUGUUUGCUAGCUGGCAAGUGGUAUGCAACAUUACCCAACCGAAGGGGGCGAGCCCGAGGUGCUGUGUCUCGUUCUCGGCUUACUACAACGAAUCCGUCGUGCCGUGCUCGACCUGUGCCUGCGGCUGCCCCGCCAAUACAGCCAGCACUUGUAGCACCAAAGCGCCCGCGCUUCUCCUCCCCGCCCAGUCCCUGUUGGUUCCUUUCGAGAACAGGACUAAAUUGUCCUUAGCCUGGGCCGGGAUUAACCAUUUCCCCGUCCCGAACCCUCUACCGUGUCCAGAUAACUGCGGCGUUAGUAUCAACUGGCAUUUGUUCACGGACUACCGGGGCGGGUGGUCUGCCCGGAUCACGCUCUUCAACUGGGACGACUCUGCAUUCGCCGAUUGGUUCGCCGCAAUUGAAUUGGACAAAGCUGCCCCCGGCUUCGAGAAGGUCUAUUCCUUCAACGGGAGCACACUAAGUGGCGUGGACAACACGAUUUUCAUGCAGGGCCUUCCCGGGUUGAACUAUUUGGUAGGAGAGGCAGACGGGGCGAAUCCUGAGAGGGAUCCCAGAGUACCAGGUAAACAGCAGUCUGUAAUUUCGUUCUCGAAGAAGAACAUUCCCGGUAUCAACGUGGCUGCUGGUGACGGGUUCCCGACCAAGGUGUUCUUCAAUGGAGAAGAGUGUUCACUGCCGAAAAUUCUCCCGAAAAGCGGGUCAUUUAGAGUGAGCUCAUCCAUGCUCACUUCCACCAUCCUUGCUCUCCUGGUCUUCAUGUUGUUAAGACUAUAAACUGCACUGUCUUAUUUCUUCAUUCUUUAGACUGAUUGUGGAGUCUUCAAGCUAUACACCCAGAAGACAAAUGAUUGUAUGUAAUUUUUGUGCAAAGGAUUUUGCCACUCAGUUCUCUGAGUCCAAUUUGUGUAGGCUGAUAUACAUGAUGUAAUCAUUGACAUCUAAUACCGCUUAUUUCAAUUCUUCAGUUUCAUUUUUUUU